AUGCCAACAAUGGUACAUAUAAAGGUCUUAGUUAAACAACUCCCAGAGAUUGGAGUUCCAACUCCCAAAUUUCUGGGACUUCAAGAGGACUGUCUGUGGAUGGUCCUCAGGACGUUGUGGUGUUCUAAACGGUACAGGCCCCCUCAAGAUCUUCUCAAUUCAAACCUUACUCUUCUCAAGAUCCUCAAACUCAAACCAUCGCCACAGAACUCAAUUUCUGCUGUCUUCUCACCAAAUCCAACCCCUCACACUUCCUGUUUUGAUCACACUUCUCAUCCGGACCUACGACAAGGGCAGCUUCUCAGCACCUUCCCCUCAACCAACUGCCACCGGCCAGCACCGUUGGAGUUCCACAACGUCCAACCCCAAAAUGGGGAGUCAGAACUCCAAAACCUUCAAAAGUUUGGCUAA